AGCAUGCUGGUGCGGCCAUCAUCGACCAGCGAUUCAUACGACUUCGUCACUCCGCCGCCGAUGCGCUCGGGUGCCAGGAGCACUGCCACCGAAAUACAGAUGAGCCGCCGGUCGUCGGGAGUGCAAACCGAGGCAUGCAGCAGCGUCAGCCGCGCCACCACUGCCAAGAUGGGAAGCUCGUUCUGCGACGCGUACGACAGAGACUCCCAGAUGAUGCGGGUGCUGAUGGCGGGCAACGCGCACUACCUGCGCGAGCGGUCGGCCUCGUUCGGCCGCACGUCGACGCUGGACGAGACGCUGUACAUCUGCCAGCAGAUCGGCCAGCAGCAAGAACCACCCGCGCUCCCUCGGCCGGCCACCGCAGCCUCUGAGGUGUUCGUCACGCGUCGCACCACGGCGCUCGGGUCGUCGUGCGAGGACCGCGAGCCGCUGCGCCUGCGCCACCUCGUGGGGCUGCAGCACCCGCAGGCCUACGUAAUGGCGAGCAGGAGGAGGACGCCCACCGGGAGCCAUUCGUGA